CGGCAGCUUUCUUGUGAGUCACAAAGGGAAGGUCACUUUAUUGGAAAUAAAAACCUGCCGGCAAAGUCACUGUGUUGACCUCCUCUGUGUAGCUCCUUUUGCUUUGUUCUUUGGGAUAGAGCACACAGAACUCUGGAAGGGAAGAUGCCUGUGAUGCCAAAGUGUGCUUUCCCUUGGUGCGCUGUGCUUGCUUCCCCCUCCCAUCCUCCUCUCCGUCCCUCCUGUCUUUAGUACCGCCUCUUCCAUGCACCCUGUAGCCAGCAGCAAGACAGCUGUGUUUGAUCAUAAACCACUUACAACUCCAGGCUCCCUGGAAGGGGAAACUUUAGCGUGAACAGCAGGAUAGGUCUGCGUCCUGUUCAGCCUUCCACCUCCUGAUAGGAUCUAACCAGAGCUUUUGGAGAGCAUUUGUGCUUGCAAGAGCUGACAAAGCUCCCAAGAUCUUUCCAAAUGCAUAGGAUUCCUUUGGGAAAGGCUUUUUCUGAUCUAUCAGAGGGGUUGGGGAAAGGAAAGGCAUAACAUCGGAGGCAGUUUUGGGAGCCAGGAGAUCGUCACAGGCUGUCUGCGUCCUGUCUGGCCAUGCACUCUGCAGUGCUUUAAUGAGUAUUUUGCACCAAUGGAUUUCUGUGUGAAUCGGCAACCAGUUUUUUGGUGAGCGUCUCUCUCCCUCUCUCUUUAGGAGACCCUGUGCAUUGUUAAAUGUUUUAGGCUGCCUAAAUGUUGAGUGAAAAUGGCUGUCUAGAGCAAAAUGAGCAAGACAGGAAAAGCUCAGAAAAGAAGAGGGUGCUGAGUCUUCUGGAGCAACGCUUGGAAACCUUAAAAUCCAUAGAGAGAGAUCAAGCCCUGGAAAGUCUCAUCAUGAAUUCUGGAGUUGCCAUGAAAUAUGGAAAUGACUCUGCAGAACUAAGCGAGCUACACUUAGCAGCACUGGCAUCUCUGAAAGGAGACAUCGUUGAACUUAAUAAACGUCUGCAGCAAACAGAACGAGAGAGAGAUUUGUUGGAAAAGAAAUUGGCAAAGGCACAGUGUGAACAGUCCCACCUAAUGAGAGAACAUGAAGAUGUGCAAGAGCGGACAACGCUUCGCUAUGAGGAACGGAUCACGGAGCUUCAUAGCAUUAUUGCCGAGCUAAAUAAGAAAAUCGACCGAUUGCAAGGAACUACUAUAAGGGAAGAAGAUGAGUAUUCAGAGCUGCGAUCGGAACUUAGUCACAGCCAGCAUGAGGCCAAUGAAGACUCGCACAGCAUGGAUCAAGAUCAAACUUCGGUUUCUGUCCCAGAGAACCAGUCAACUAUGGUCACAGCUGACAUGGAUACUUGCAGCGACUUGAACUCUGAACUGCAGCGGGUGCUGACGGGGCUCGAGAAUGUCGUCUGUGGGAGGAAGAAGAGCAGCUGCAGUUUGUCUGUGGCAGAUGUGGACAGACACAUUGAACAACUCACCACUGCCAGCGAACACUGUGACUUAGCCCUUAAGACAGUCGAAGAGAUUGAAGGUGUCUUGGGACAGGACCUGUACCCAAAUCUGGCAGAAGAGCGAUCUCGAUGGGAGAAGGAGCUGGCAGGUUUGAGGGAAGAGAACGAGAGCUUGACGGCAAUGCUGUGUAGCAAGGAGGAGGAACUAAAUAGGACCAAGGCUACCAUGAAUGCGAUCCGGGAAGAACGAGACAGGUUACGUAGAAGGGUCCGAGAACUGCAGACGCGCUUGCAAAGUGUCCAGGCGACUGGCCCAUCAAGUCCAGGUCGUCUCACUCCUGCAAACCGUCCUAUUAACCCAAGCACCGGUGAGCUUAGCACAAGCAGCAGCAGUAAUGACAUUCCUAUUGCAAAGAUCGCUGAGCGAGUAAAGCUCUCAAAGACAAGGUCAGAAUCGUCAACAUCUGACCGCCCGGUCUUGGGAUCAGAAAUCAGCAGCAUAGGGGUAUCCAGCAGCGUGGCAGAACACCUUGCACACUCUCUUCAAGAUUGUUCCAACAUCCAAGAAAUUUUCCAGACACUUUACUCACAUGGUUCUGCUAUCUCUGAAAGUAAAAUCCGAGAAUUCGAAGUAGAAACUGAACGAUUAAACAGCCGCAUUGAGCACUUAAAAUCUCAGAAUGAUUUGUUGACAAUAACUCUGGAAGAGUGCAAGAGCAAUGCUGAAAGGAUGAGCAUGUUGGUUGGAAAAUAUGAAUCCAAUGCCACAGCCCUCAGGCUUGCAUUGCAAUACAGUGAACAGUGCAUUGAAGCUUAUGAGCUCCUGCUAGCAUUGGCAGAAAGUGAACAGUCUCUCAUUCUUGGGCAAUUCAGAGCUGCAGGUGUGGAGUCAGUUGGGGACCAACCAGGUGAUGAAAACAUCACCCAGAUGCUGAAGAGAGCCCAUGACUGCAGGAAGACGGCUGAAAAUGCAGCAAAAGCCCUGCUAAUGAAAUUGGAUGGCAGCUGUGGAGGGGCCUUUGCCGUCACUGGCUGCAGCAUUCAGCCCUGGGAGAGCCUGUCGUCCAACAGUCACACCAGUACAACUAGUUCUACAGCAAGCAGUUGUGAUACAGAAUUCACAAAGGAGGAUGAACAGAGGCUGAAGGACUACAUUCAGCAGCUGAAAAACGACAGGGCAGCUGUGAAGCUGACGAUGUUGGAGCUGGAGAGCAUCCAUAUUGAUCCCCUCAGUUAUGAUGUCAAGCCUCGCGGAGACAGUCAAAGGCUGGAUCUAGAAAAUGCUGUACUCAUGCAGGAGCUUAUGGCAAUGAAGGAGGAAAUGGCAGAACUGAAGGCGCAGCUGUACUUGUUGGAAAAAGAGAAAAAAGCCCUGGAGCUGAAGUUGAGCAGCCGGGAAGCUCAGGAGCAGGCCUAUCUUGUCCACAUUGAGCACCUGAAGUCGGAAGUUGAAGAGCAAAAGGAGCAGAGGAUGCGAUCUCUCAGCUCAGCUAGUAGCAGCAGUAAAGAGAAGUCAAGUAAGGAGUGCACAGAUGGCACUACAGCCUCAUUAACACUUGCUGAGUUGAAACCCUACAGUGAAAGUGAACUCACUACAGAAUUGGCAAAUGCACUUCGACGAGAAAAGAAGCUGAAAGCCAGAGUCCAGGAGCUGGUGAGUGCCUUAGAACGACUGACCAAGAGCAGUGAAAUCCGCCACCAGCAAUCUGCAGAGUUUGUGAAUGACUUGAAAAGAGCAAACAGUAACCUUGUGGCUGCUUAUGAGAAAGCCAAGAAAAAGCAUCAAAACAAACUGAAGAAACUGGAAUCCCAAAUGAUGGCUAUGGUCGAAAGGCAUGAGACUCAAGUGAGAAUGCUCAAACAAAGAAUUGCUUUGCUGGAAGAAGAGAACUCAAGACCCCACACCAAUGAAACGUCACUUUAAGAGGGAUCUUUUUUUAAAAAAAAAGGGAUCCAUGUGCCAUUGAAAGUAUGAGUCCUUCUAGGACUCACUGUUGAUGGUAGGUGCGGAAGGAGACCAGAGACAGCCUGGGCCAAGAUGGAAGACAGCGCAUCAGAGACCAGUUUGGGCUUCGACAAUAUGCAAUCAUGAACAGGAGCCAAAAGGAAAGUGAGGCUUUUGGGAUGGCUGUGCAUAAUCAGACAGUGCCUGUUUAUCAAGGUUCUAUGUAAUUAUUUUGUUCCCAUGUUGCUUUUUUUUCCUUUUUCUUCUUCCAGGCUUGUAUGGGUAAGAAUACUUGUGUUUUCAUCAAACACAUCCUUCUGAGUCCACUGUAAUUUUGGGGAAAUGAUCAAAUACCACCACACAGGUUGCUUUCAUCUGGAUCACAGGAUUUCUUCUUUCCAUCUCCUUUCUGCCAUUCAUCUUUUCCUCUAGGCUGACAGUGCACAGCCGCUUACGAAGUCAGUGGCCAUUCAUUUAUUGAUAGCUGGUGUCUGUGAUUAUAGAGUACGCAAAGAAUUGGCACUCUCCAGUAAGUGGCAUCUAAGGAAGCAAGUCUUCCCUCUCUGUCUGACUGGAGAUUAAGUGCAUGCAGUGAGAGUAUGGCACUCCAUCCACAGUCUGUUUCAGUUUUAAACUGCCUUUGCAUUACCUGCUGCUUUUAAGACUUUUUGAAGUGUGCUCACUUAAUGCCUGAUAGCCUAUAAUUUGGGAGCUCUUGGCAAUUCUCUUGCAUAUUGCUUCCAGUCCCAAUGUGCAGGUGGGUCAGAACAAGCAGUUUGCAAGUUGUUGUUGUCUUUUAUGUGUCUGCCCUUCUUCAUGUUUUGCUAACUGCUGUUGCUGAUGAAACAGCCAGGUGGAAGUGCUCCAGGGUUAAGCAGUGUGCUUUCGUGAAUUGGUUGCCUCCCAAAAAUCUUAUUUGUUGAGGGAAUGUAAUCCAUAUUCUGAGAAUAACCAUUCAGUUGUGUAGCUAAACAUACAUAUCAGUGCACUUGUUCUCAAAUUCUACCCUUUCACCCCCCCUCCCCCCCAAAUAUAUUUGAGCCACCAUCUCACAGAAUUCUUGAGCAGUGGGCAUACUGGACUUUCCACAGAUAUAUAAACCAAAUUUUCCUAGUUUCCAACAACCUCUGAGUAUGCCUGCCAUAGAUUCAGGUGAAAUGUCAGGAGAGAAUGCUUCUAGAGCAUAUCCAUACAGCCCAAAAAACCUACAACAACCCAAUGGGCAUACUGUUUGAAAUGUCUAGGAAUCCAAAAUCUCCCCCAAAAAGAGAGCUUAAGAAUCUCUCUUGCCAGUAGUGUCACUAUUAAAUGUGUAAAGUGUUGUGCAUUCUUACAGCUGAAUCCCUUUGGAAAAAGUACGGUGUGGGUCUGGGCAGGACGUAUUUCUUAGCAGCUGAUUUCUGAGGGCUGUUGCAAAACAUUUGUAGCAGUUUCCAUAAAGCUCACCACAUCCUUGCUGUACAGUAUAAAAAUAACUCAUCAAACUUCACUUAUGUUAUUGUGCUUUUAAAAAGCCUAGGAUAUAAAGAAUGUGCCUGAUUGAAUGAAUGUAUACGUCUAUCCUACAAAGCCGUUGUGUCAAAACUAACUUGCAGUUGCAAGUCUACUUUGCCUGAUAAAACCAUUGUAGAAGGGGCAACAGGCAGAGACCACCAUGCAAAAGAGUUGUCUACAUUUUAAAAUAAAUAUAUAAAGCUAGAAUGGUAACAGUUCUAGAUCAACUACUUAGUUAUAUAACUAUCUUGAUUACAUAGCUAAAUAUGCCUUGGCCUAGCCCAUUACUAGUCCUGACUUAUCAGGCAGCAGUCGCUACAAGCAAAAGGGAUCUGUUCUCCUAUCAUUCAGGGAUGUAUUUGACAUUUCUACCACCCUCUCACAAACUACAUCCAGUGUGGCAGUCAGAAGUAUGACCCCAGUGAUAAUUCCUCCUUUCAUGGGAGAUCAUUUGCAGGAGUCAGCUGGAACUGUCAGUCUGUUGUGUCCCAAUUGACAAGAGAACAGACUUCUGUUGCUCGCAUUGGCUGCUGCCUAUUAAGUCUGGAUUGGGAGACUUUUACAAUCCCUACACGUUCCCUAUACUAUUGAAUAUGCAGGAAUUGUCACUACAGACCAGACAAUCUUCAUAACAAUGAUCAUGAGUUCCAGCCAGUGUCUCUAUUAAAUUCAACCAGUUCUUAAUGUUCUCUUGUAGUUAUAGAUGCAGCAAUAACUCUCUGGCAUGUUAGAUGGAAGAAUAAACACUGAUCUCUAGUAAACCAAGGGAGAUAAAUGUCUUGAGUCACGGCACACUGUGGUGCCUUGUUCUUAGUGCAGUGGUUCUCAAGCUGUGGAUCCCCAGAUGUUUUGGCCUUCAACUCCCAGAAAUCCUAACAGCUGGUAAAAUGGCUGGAAUUUCUGGGACUUGUAGGCCAAAACACCUGGGGAACCACAGGUUAAGGACUGCUGUCUUAAAGGAUCUUUUUUCUUCUUCUUCUUUCUUGCACUUUGAUUCUUAGACCACUUGCAAUAAAGAUAGCAGUUCUAAUAGAAUAACCAGCUAGAGUUUUCUAGCAUUCUUCCAUAUAUUUUCACUGAAUGAGGUGCUUUUCAAAUUGAGUUAUCAGACUCAGAUUUCUAUUUCUAGCCCUGUAAUGUUGCAGCCACUAAUAUAUAUUUAAAAUAAGGUAAGGUAUUUGGUACCUCUGGGGUCGCUUGUUUUUGUUUUGUACCUUGAGUUGCACAGCUGCCUGUGGUAGGGAUCCUGUUUGUAAGGAAGAGUUUUCAGAGGCGUGUGUAUUUGAAAUGGUUUGGCAACUACUCUAUUAAGUAAUCAACGUUUCAUUCUAUUUGUACCUUAAUUUGUCACCUCGUUUUCCAAAAUAGCAAAAAUAUCUUUUUUGCAAACAUAUAUGAGACAUUAUUUCUUCUCAUCAAAAGUUGACCGGACAUUUCUUAGUAAAAUUUUAGCCCACGUUAAGAACUAAUGUUCCCCAGAUUAAAAAUAAAUCUUUCUAAGGUAUGAUAUGAGCUGGAUGGAGCCAACCAUUUGGAUAUCACAUAUUUUUUGUCAUCACUGUAUUUUGGGCAACACUAGACAAGUGAUAGUCUGUGAAUUAAGUCAACUUGUGGAAAGUUGAAUCAUUCUCAUUUGUAAGUUCACACAUGCAUUAUUUCGCAUUUUAUUUUUAUUUUAGCCAGGUUCAUUUCGUUUAAUGGCGUGAAGCAUUCUGUUUCUUCAAUAAGCAUAGCAGUUAAUACUGCUCUGAUGUCUUUCCUUGUUUUGGUAAGGAAGACCUUCCUUUACUGGCUAUAUUCAGAUCUUUCUUCUUAUUUUGAGGUCUCACCAGUUACAAAUCUCCAGAAUUCUACCAGUAACAUUCUGCAGUGCAGGUGAGCAUUUACCAUACCUUGCUGCUAUUCCCAGAGGCCUAAGGUAUUCAAAAUCAAGAAAUUAAGCUGCUUUGAGUUUCCUUUGUGGAGAGAAAACGCAGGGUAUAAACAAACAUAACCACAAUCAUCUCCCAUAACAAUACAAGGUAAAAACAAAAUGUUACACUAAAAAUAAAUAACAUACCUGCAAAUGUUGUUAUAAUGCAACUGUGGAGGUCUAUAUGAAAUGUCAGGAUUCAUGAUGUCUUGGAUGUCAAAGCUUGAGUGCGUCUUCCCCAUCCUUGUAUCUUCAUGCUCAAUGGUUUUCCUUGGAGCAGCACUGUUUAAGCAGCUGUCAAGUUUCUUCUCUUUGGUUUUUCCCAAGAUGAAACAGCGUUGCUUUUAGGCCCCUUGUACACUGCCAUAUAAAAUUCAGAUUAUCUGGUUUGAACUGGAUUAUAUGGCAGUGCAGACUCGUAUAAUCCAGUUCAAACCAGAUAAUGUGGCUUUGAAACAGGGACUGAGGGGUAGAGAGAAUGAAGUGUCUUGGUAUAACUAGCUAGAGCAAUGUGUAGGACAAUGCAUUCUGUUUCCCUUUGCAAGAAUCAAAUAUAACUUUGUUCAGGGCACUAGUAGUCGACUGUGUUUCUAGUACAAGGUUGUGGCAAGGUAUAGCAACUGUCCAUGUUGGUGACGCAGGGUGACGCAAGCCUGCUUAAACCAGUGUAUUAACUUGUUCAUGAAGUAGCUAUCCUUCUACCUUUUUGUGCAGUGCCCUCUACCCACUCAAUGCAUUGGAGCGUGUCCCAACAGCUAGUUAGUUGCUAGGGGCUCCCAAGCACCUUUCAGUUGCAUCUGUGCAGCUGGAACCCAGCUCAGGCCAUAAAGAAGAACAGUGCUGGAGAUUUAUGCUCCAUCAGUGACUGAAUGUAACCUUGCCAGGAAGCUGCAAAGGACAGCCAGAAUUUCCACCCUUCAGUACAAUACUGAAAGAAUGCCAAUUUAGAGUAAUUGGAUGGAGAAAAGAAUUGACCUUUAAAAAAAACGUUUGGGGGGUAUUUAAAAUCUUGCAUUGUUGUGUGCAACUGGAGUGAAAAGUGUUUCACCACCAAGCAGCAGUCAGUUCACUGGAGGGGAAAAUAUGGUGGUAAAAAGAGGCAUAUCUACCGACAGACUAAAGGACUGUGAAUUUUAGAUUAACAGGAUGUAUGAGUAUGUUAUUAGCUCUUAAGAGGUGGUAUAACUGAAGAAGAAAUACCAAAAAUAACUCACUUAUGCAACUGUUUUUAAAACUGGGCUGGAUUUUAACAUAGCUUUCUGUAAGUGGGAGAGAUCCUUUUGUCAAUUGGAAAACUUUUUUUCCGUAAAGGUCUGACCUGACAAAAAGCAUAUGGUAAGAGUUGAGGAUGAUAAAAAAUGGGGCAGGAAGGACAAUUAAAAGAUUCCUUCCCUCAGCCUGCAUGUGUUAAGCAAGAAUAUUCCCAAGGGAGCAAAGUCAGAAUCCAGACCAAUCUCUGUGCCCAACAUGUCAGGCAUCACCUGGCAGAUGGGCAUAUUGUAGUGACUUGAGGUCAUAUUGUUCGUCAGAUUCUGAAAUUAUUCAUUCCAUGUAUUAAGUGAUAAUGUUCCUUCUCCAUGGCAAACUAAGUCAGUUAAGUCAUUUUAGUCUAAAUGUGACAUGUUCAGUUGUGUUAUUAGAGGAGGGUUCUAGAAACUGACAAGUUUGUCAUACGGCGCACGGAACACGUUCCAACUCUUGUUUAUUUUUCCAGCUAAUGUAUAACAUUUUUACACCAGCUUGAAUGUAUUGUUCUUUACAAAGCACAUAUUCAUUUUGCAUUUAUGUCAGUAUUGGUUUACUGUUUAUAUUGACAUUUUUUUCAUUGAAAAAACAUUGUUUUUCUGAUUUUUGAAAUAGUUUUAGUUCUUUAGCUGCUGUAAAAUAGCUACUUUGUGUUGGUUUGAUAUAUAGAAUUGUACAAACUGCAUUUAUUUAUACAGAGGCAUUUAUAAUACUUUUACAAAUGUUCUUAUAUUCUGAAUAAAUUUCUAAUGCCGAAAUAUCACAAA